AUGUUGCCAAGGUUCGAUCCAACAAACCCAAAAGCUUGCUUCUCACUUCUUGAAGAUGUGACCACCAACGUAAAGCAGAUUCAAGAUUCUGUAUUGGAAGCUAUACUUUCACGUAAUGCUCAAACUGAGUACCUUAGAGGUUUACUCAACGGUCGACUCCAUAAGCAAAGCUUCAAGAAGAAUCUACCCAUUGUGACCUACGAAGAUUAUCGGUCUUAUAUAGAUCGUAUCGCUAAUGGAGAGUCCUAUGAUCUCAUCUGUGAUAGACCCUUCAGUCUACUCUUGGCCAGCUCGGGUACUUCAGGAGGAAUUCCAAAGUUGAUUCCUUUGACAGCAGAGGAAUUGGAACAGAGGAUACUGUUUGCAUCUCUCUAUGCACCUCUAGUCUUCAAGCACAUCCAAGGGCUUAGUGAAGGAAAAUCUCUCAUGUUUUACUUCGUGACACGAGAAAGCGAGACUGCCUCUGGUUUACUGGUCAGGUUUAUGUUUACUUGUGUUUUGAAAAGCGUGAACCCAACCAACUCCUUUCUCUGGGAUCGAAUACAGAUAAGCCCGCAUGAGAUUUUGACUUGUGCAGACACUACUCAGAGUAUGUACUGCCAAUUGCUUUGUGGGCUUCUACAACGCGAAAAUGUAGCUCGCCUCGGUGCACCAUUUGCUUCUUCCUUGCUCAAAGUAAUCAAGUUCUUGGAAGAUCACUGGCAGGAGUUAUGCUUAAACAUAAGGACUGGCUGUCUCAGCGACUGGAUCACAGACCCGCAAUGUGUUUCAGGGAUCGGUAAGUACCUCACAUGUCCAAAUCCGGAACUGGCGAGUGUGAUCGAGCAAGAAUGCAGUAAAACAUCAUGGGAGGCAAUAGUGCCGAGACUAUGGCCAAAAGCAAAAUGCAUUGAAGCUAUCAUUACCGGGUCCAUGGCACAGUACACUCCAAUGUUGGAAUUUUAUGGCGGAGGCCUCCCUUUGAUUUCAUCGUUUUACGGCAGCUCUGAAUGUUUCAUCGGUGUCAAUGUCAAUCCUUUGUGCAAGCCUUGUGACGUGUCGUACACCAUCAUUCCAAAUAUGGGAUACUUCGAGUUCUUAGAGGUGGAGAAAGAUCAGCAAGAAGAAGUUGCUCAUGAUUCCGCAAAGAACCAUGCGGUUGUCGAUCUUGUGGAUGUUAAAAUCGGCCAUGAUUAUGAACCUGUUGUCACAACGUUUUCUGGUCUCUAUAGGUACCGUGUGGGGGAUGUUUUACGAGUGACUGGUUUCUACAACAAUGCGCCACAAUUUCAUUUUGUGGGAAGACAAAAAGUUGUCCUGAGCAUCGACAUGGACAAGACCUACGAAGAAGAUCUCCUCAAGGCCGUGACAAACGCGAAGCUCUUGCUCGAGCCACAUGACCUAAUGCUCGUAGAUUUCACUAGCCGUGUGGAUUCCUCUUCGUUUCCAGGACACUACGUGCUCUAUUGGGAACUCGGGACCAAAGUCAAGGACGCAAAGCUCAAGCCCAAACCCGAGGUUAUGGAGGAAUGCUGCUUUACCGUUGAGGAGUCUCUCGACGCUGUGUACAGAAAAGGAAGAAAGAAUGAUAACAACAUUGGACCACUUGAGAUUAAGGUUGUCAAACGUGGCACUUUCGAUGAGCUCAUGAAUUUCUUCCUGUCUCGAGGUUCUUCUGUGAGUCAGUUCAAGACACCGAGGUCGGUGACAAACAAAGAACCCUUGACGAUAUUGGAGGCGGCGGUUGUUUCGGAGUUUGUUAGCCGGAAAACUCCAUCUUGGGAGCCUCAUGAGCUACAUUCCAACCGAUAA